UAUGUACCUAGAAAAUGUAUUGCCCAGUGGUAUUGCCCCACUUCUACCGCUCCUCACUUUCCGUUAUGACCGACAAUUAAAAAAGAUUAUGUACUUGGGUACAUGACCGCUACUACUACGAUAUCUCGAACUCUUUCACAUUUCAAUAUUGAUCACCACUUUUCUUCCCUCUCCCCUAUGUGGGUGCCCGUAAUAAACACGCCUAUCGUCACCGGCACUUUCUUCCCAUAUUCGAUAUCCUCUUGCUUGUCACCAUGACGCUCAAUCUCGAAAGACAACUCAUUAUCUAUGGCGUCUACCACCGGAAUGAGGCCAACAUGGCGUUACAUAUGAUAUGUGUUCCUUUAAUCCUAUUCUCUGGGUUUGCAUUGGCCGCAAACACGGGCACGCUCAUUCCUCUACCCACGAUCUUAACGAUACCCCAUCUCGACCUUAACCUUGGUACAUUGGCUGCUUUCAUAUGGGCCAGCCUCUACGUCCUGCUCGAACCAGUUGCCGGAACUAUCCUGGGUCUAAUAUGUCUCGGGGCAGCCGCGUACACGAAUAAGGCCCUUUCCGAAGAUCCGGGUUUGACAAACCGAGUUGCCAUUGCCAUACAAGGGACAUGUUGGCUUCUUCAACUGUCCGGACACGGUAUUUUUGAUGGCCGAAAGCUGUCCCAGUUUUUGGGUAACUGGUCCCAAGCCAUCUUUCUGUCGCCCCUUUUCGUCUGGCUCGAGCUUCUAUUCAAAUUCGGUUACCGAAGAGAGUUACAAGACCGUAUUGGAAAAGCCAUUCAAGCCGAGAGUGACAAACAGAAAUAGCGAGAGAAAAAAAAUGGGAAGAUUCAAUGAACGAGAUGGAUCGAUAGGGAAAUCCACAUCAACGACAGUCUUCUCUGUCUAGUAUGGGAAAGAAGGAAGAAUGGCCGGCAUAACCAAUGUCAUAUCUUUGCACACCCAAGAUAAGAUGGAUGCUGCUUAUAAUGUAGGCUCAGGAGUCAGUUCACUUGCUGGGCCGGUAAUCUUCAUCUAGUAGAGCUAUUAGCUGAUGACAUAUACGUAGCAUAGCCACUUCGCAGACAAGCAAGCGGUUCUU